UAAUACCUCAUUAUAAAUGAAAUGAUAAAAUAAUAAUACCAUUAGCUGCUUCCUAUGUACCGUAUUUUAAACUUCAGUUUUAGCAAAUGUGAAGGGUCGGGUGCAAAAACCGUGUAUCUCCACUUAUUUUUUCAAAAUGAAUGUUUUCAUAGAAUAUUAUUCAUGGAAGCAAUAUUUAUAAUUUGGUAUCAAAAUCAAAAAAAUCGAUUUAUUAUUCCCAAAUAAAUUUCAAAAUGAAUUAUAUCCCGCCAAUAGUGGUAACUGGGAUAAAGACAUUUGUUUUCUCCGUCAUGAACAAUUGAUAAAAAAGGAGAUAUCCGGUUCUUGCACUCGACCCUUCAAAUACUAUAAACCUAACCUAUCGUUUAUACUAUUUGGUAACGCGUUUCGUACUUUGUCCUUAACCCCUAUUCACAUGGUCGGCUUACUCGGCGUUGUUGAUUAUUGAUAUUGAUUGUUUAUUCGAGAAAAUAUAUAAUUUCAUUACCGCGUUUCUCGUUCUCGCCAUUGUUUUCAUCACUUAAUCGGAAAAUAUUCUACUUCUAUACUGCGCUUCGAUUUUCAAUUUACAACAAAAUGAAGAAAAACCGCAAUCCAUCUGCUGAUCAUAGUAUUCAAAACAAGCAAACGCUAAAUACUGAUGAUAUAGUUGACCUAACAUCAGAAGAUGCUGGAACAAUUGAAUCUGGUCUUGAAGAAUUAAAUAUUGCUGAUAAUCCUCGAGCCAUUAAGAAAACAGUACCAAAAAAAGAAAAACCAAAGCUUCGACUAAAAUGUAAAUCACAUAAAAGUCUAUUUUAUGUAGCUGUCGGAAAAGCUAAAAAGAUCUGGGAACUUAUGCGUCGUGAUGAUUGUACUAAGGAAAAAAAAGUAACCUUACUGAAGGACCUUUUUAAAUACUCCAAACCCCAUUUACAAACAAUGGUUUAUUUACAUGACAACAUUUGUAUAGUUCAAUGCCUGUUGAAACUAGGAACACCAGAAAUUCGUUCACAAGUCAUAAAUGAGCUAAUAAAACAUGUUCCAAAAAUUAUAUUUUGUAAGUAUGCUUCCUCAUGUGUACAAAAUAUGUUAAAACAAGGUGAUGCAGAACAGCGUAAAAUUAUAAUUAAUUCCUUGAAAGGAAAAGUCAAUAAAUAUAUAUUACAUACAAACUCUGCUAAGAUCAUGGAUUUGAUUUAUACAACUUAUGCAACACCGGAGCAGCAGAAUGCAAUGAUGCAUGAGUUGUAUGGUGCAUCUAGUGUCUUAUAUGAUUCACCCAAUGUGUUAUCAUUAACUGACAUAUUGGAGAAUUCACCAGACUCAAAGGACAUUAUACUUGCAAAAACAACAAAAAACAUUAGAAAAUUUGUUUUAAAACAAGAUACUUCUAUGCAGACAACAUUAGUUCAUAAUUUGAUUCGUGAAUACAUUGUAUAUACUGGAUUAGAAAAUUGUUAUGAACUGAUCACUUUCCUUAAAGAACUUCCAAUAGAACUAUUUUACUCAACCAAAAGUGGUUGUUAUAUUGCUAUGUCCAUGAUAAAUUGUGCAAACUCUAAGGAGCACAAGUCUCUAUUGAAAAAAAUUAAGGCUACUGCUGCUACGCGUGAUUUAGCCACAUCAGAUUAUGGAUAUUUAAUUUUGUUUGGCCUUUUCGACGGUGUUGAUGAUACAGCUCUGAUAAAAAGGAUAAUCUAUCCUGAAAUUUUGAAUAAUCUUGAAGAAAUUGUAAGUAAUGAGAAUGGCCGUAGGUUGAUGUUUUCAUUUGGGGUUUUCAGACGUUUACCAGAAAGUAACGGCAUAGGUGAGCGAGCAAGAAGACUCUCAGUUUCAAUUUUCAAUUCUCUUGUACGUUGUAUUCAAAAGAAUCCAAUGUGCUGGAUUAGUAAUCUAGAAAUGGCAAUGGUAUUAAAGGAUAUUAUACAUGAAUGCAGAGGAGCAAAAUUGAAAAAGUUAAUGACAACUGUAAUAAACUUUAUUUUUGAUCCUAAAAAUAAAUUAAAGGAUAGAUUUCUUGGAAAAGUUCCUGUUUAUGAACACUCUGGUGUUCUUAAGGCAAUAGAAUUGUUAAUGACUGGCGAUUUUUUAUUAACAUUAAAUAAUGAAAUAACAUUUUCUGAAGUAUUAUCAUCUAUAAUUACAACUGACAUAAUAAAAUCAUGGGUUAAACGUAAAGAUGCCUGUUAUUUGCUUGCUAAAAUGAUGGAUUCCGAAGUCGAGUUGGUUGUGGAAAAUAUAAAAUCAUUGUUUUCACCAACAAUUAUGGAUUUGUUAAAGGAACAACAAUUUGAUUUGGCUCAACGUUUAGUGUUAGAUUUAAGUUAAACAAAAAACGUUUUAAUAUUAGACAUUAAACAAUUAAAAAUGUGUAUAAAAUACUUAUAAGAGACAAUGAUAUCUAUUUUCAUAGUUAUAAAUAUUAAUUAUAUUUUUCCUGUUUUCGACAAUUUUUUUUAAGAUACUGUAUAAAUGCCAGACAACUUGGACAAAAAAAUGUUUACAUUAAGUAUUACAUCUAUUUUUUCUAUCAAUGAUUUGAUAUAUUAUCUAUUUUUCCUACAGUUUUUAAUUUAAAUGAAAAAUUGGCUAACAAAAAUGUAUUAGUUAACUGACUUUAUUUAAUUUACAUUUAAAUUUAUGUCACUGGUACAAAUAACUAUUCCCAAUUUUAAAAUACAUAAUAUGUUGAUUUAACACAUUUAAAA